UUAAGACCUUUAAAAAUGGUCGCACCUGCUCCUGUUUAAUUACCCAUCCUUUUAACGGACACAAUUGAACUUAUAGGACUGAUAAUCAACCGUGUAAACGUAUACAAACAGCAUUCUUUUAUUAUGUAGAUUUCAAAAAAUAUAAACCAACGUUUGUUGUAAAAACCUAGAACUUCUUUCGAAGCUGUUAUUGUCCGCUCUGACUUCAGUUCCGUCACAUCUUCCCCGUUGACUCUCUAUAUUAAUAUAAUAAUGGAAUAGUAGAAUUGUUACAACAGAAACAUCACCAGAAUAUAUUCAUCAUCUUUUAAAGACUAAAGGAAGGAAUGUUUAUACAGAAUUGAUAUAACCUCGUUUAAUAUGAAGCUGAGGGGAAACAUUUCCUCUUGGGUGAGAUUAUAAACAACACUUCUCUGUGUUUGCUCUCUGGAACCUGUUCGAGAUAAUCUUGCAUUCUAAAUAAACUUGAAUUCAAUUUACAAAGGAAAUUGCAACGUUUCCAAAUUACAGCAGAGAUUACAGUUGAUGGAAACGUAGCUGAAUGAAUAUUUGUCAGGAAUGAUUUAUAACAACUAAACUAGAAGAUAUAUAUUUUGGUGAAAGAAGAAAAACUAUUGAAGUUUUCAUAAUGCAGAGAAGAUAAAGGAUUGAUUUUUUUUUUCCCUGAAGAGUUGUCAAAUAAGUGAUGGAAAUUAUGUGACUGCAAUAUCUGUAAAAAUAUCAGUCUCUCAGAGAAAGCAUAUUCAUACAGAGGAACACCUUUAUCACUGUGAUAUCUGUAGAAGCUUAAAGACCCAGAAACCUAUUCAUACAAGAAAGAAAUAUCCAUCAGUGUGAUACGUGUGGUAAUCAUUCUUGCAAAUCCAUCAUUUAACUGUUUACAAAUAAAUGUAUUAUACAGGAAAGAAAUCAUAUCAAUGUGAUAUCUGUGGUAAAUCAUUCUCUCAAACAUCUAGUUUGACUAAUCACAAACGUAUUCAUACGGGUGAGAAACCAUAUCAGUGUGAUAUCUGUGGUAAAUCAUUCUCUCAAACUAGUGCUGUAACUAAACAUAAACCUAUUCAUACAGGGGAGAAACCAUAUCAGUGUGAUAUCUGUGGUAAAUCUUUCUCUCGUACUAGUGAUGUAACUCAACAUAAACGUAUUCAUACAGGAGAAACACCAUAUCAGUGUGAUAUUUGUGGUAAAUCUUUCUCUCGUAAUAGUGAUGUAACCAGACAUAAACGUAUUCAUACAGGUGAGAAACCAUAUCAGUGUGAUAUUUGUGGAGAAUCAUUCACUCAGAAUCAACACCUAACGAGUCACAAUCGUAUUCAUACAGGGGAGAAACCAUAUCAGUGUGAUAUCUGUGGUAAAUCUUUCUCUCGUAAUGGUUCUGUAACUGAACAUAAACGUAUUCAUACCGGUGAGAAACCAUAUCAGUGUGGUACCUGUGGCCAAUCGUUCUCUCGAAAUCAUCAUUUAAUAACUCACAAUCGUAUUCAUACACAAGAAAAACCAUAUCAGUGUGAUAUCUGUGGUAAAUCUUUCUCUCACACUAGUGAUGUAACUAAACAUAAACGUAUUCAUACAGGUGAGAAACCAUAUCAGUGUGAUAUUUGUGGUAAAUCUUUCUCUCAUACUAGUGAUGUAACUCAACAUAAACGUAUUCAUACAGGGGAGAAACCAUAUCAUUGUGAUAUCUGUGGUAAAUCUUUCUCUCAGACAUCUAGUUUUACUAAUCACAAACGUAUUCAUACAGGAGAAAAACCAUAUCAGUGUGAUAUUUCUGGUAAAUCUUUCCCUCAUACUAGUGAUGUAACUAAACAUAAACGUAUUCAUACAGGAGAGAAACCAUAUCAUUGUGAUAUCUGUGGUAAAUCAUUCUCUGGAAAUCACCACUUAACUGCUCACAAAUACAUUCAUACAGGAGAGAAACCAUAUCAGUGUGAUAUCUGUGGUAAAUCAUUUUCUGGAAAUCACCACUUAACUGCUCACAAAUACAUUCAUACAGGUGAGAAACCAUAUCAGUGUGAUAUCUGUGGUAAAUCUUUCUUUCAAAGCGGUAAUUUAAUUAAACAUAAACGUAUUCAUACAGGAGAAAAACCAUAUCAGUGUGAUAUUUGUGGUAAAUCUUUCACUCACACUAGUGAUGUAACUAAACAUAAACGUAUUCAUACAGGGGAGAAACCAUAUCAGUGUGAUAUUUGUGGUAAGUCUUUCUCUCGUAAUAGUGCUGUAACUGAACAUGAACGUAUUCAUACAGGAGAGAAACCAUAUCAGUGUGGUACCUGUGGCCAAUCAUUCUCUCAAAAUCAUCAUUUAAUGAAUCACAAACGUAUUCAUAGAGGAAAGAAACCAUAUCAAUGUGAUAUUUGUGGCAAAUCAUUCUCUCAAACAUCUAGUUUGACUGAUCACAAACGUAUUCAUACAGGUGAGAAACCAUAUCAAUGUGAUAUCUGUGGUAAAUCAUUCUCUCUUAAUCAACACUUAACUAAACAUAAACGUAUUCAUACAGGUGAGAAACCAUAUCAGUGUGAUAUCUGUGGAGAAUCAUUCACUCAGAAUCACAGCUUAACUACUCACAAAUACAUUCAUACAGGGGAGAAACCAUAUCAGUGUGAUGUCUGUGGAGAAUCAUUCACUCAGAAUCAAAACCUAACUAGUCACAAACGUAUUCAUACAGGUGAGAAACCAUAUCAGUGUGAUAUUUGUGGUAAAUCUUUCCCUCAUACUAGUGAUGUAACUAAACAUAAACGUAUUCAUACAGGUGCGAAACCAUAUCAGUGUGAUGUCUGUGGAGAAUCAUUCACUCAGAAUCAAAACCUAACUAGUCACAAACGUAUUCAUACAGGAGAAAAACCAUAUCAGUGUGAUAUCUGUGGUAAAUCUUUCUCUCAUACUAGUAAUGUAACUAAACAUAAACGUAUUCAUACAGGGAAGAAGCCAUAUCAGUGUGAUAUCUGUGGAGAAUCAUUCACUCAGAAUCAAAACCUAACUAGACAUAAACGUAUUCAUACAGGAUAGAAACCAUAUCACUGUGAUAUCUGCGGCAGAUCAUUUUCUCAGAACCAUCACUUAUCUAAUCACAAAUGCGUCCAUAUGGAGGAAAAAUAAAGUCAACGUGAUACCUGUGUGUAACUGGUAUUUAUUUAAUCGACCCCGAAAGGAUGAAAGGCAUAGUCGAUCUUGGCGGAAUUUGAACCCAGAACGUAAAGGCAGACGAAAUACCACUAAGCAUUUCAUCCGGUGUGCUAA